UCGCAGCAGCCGGACUUUCUGAAGGGAUUUGCUUUGACUGCAAGCGAUCCACAGACCACAGCCAUUGAUUUGAAGCAAUUCUCGAUAAUGGAACCAGAAAACGCUCAAUCGCCUAUUGAGCAACAAGAACAACCAGUGGUAUCAAAAGAAUCGGGCAUGAAUGUCGAUGAUCAGGGAAAUGCUGCACCAGGUGUUUGGGAAGUGACAAAAGGAUCGCGUAACAAAGCUCAGGAAGACGACAAGCCUGCAGAAUUGACGGAGGAACAACAGAAUGAACAGACAUUAAACACAUUAGAUGAAAUGACCAAAAUCAUGGAAGAGCUUGACCAGGAUAAAGGUCGAUACGAUCUACACGUCCGACUGAUUGAAUUGCUUCAGCAAAUGAGUAUGGAGGACGAACUUGAACGUGCUCGUGAACAAAUGCAUGAGGUUUACCCGUUAAGCGAAGACAUGUGGCUCGAUUGGAUUAACGACCUCAAGAAGAAGGAAAACACAGAAGAGAAGCAGGAGAGAUUACGGUGGCUGUACGUGGAAGCGACUCGCGAUUACUUUUCGAUACCAAUUUGGGAGUCUUUUGUUGACUAUACGCUCGAGCAAUUCGACAACAAGUGGGAGGACAAGCAGGUAGUUGAAGAUACGCGAGAAAAUCUAGUACGAGCGGUUCGAGCAACCGAACAUCACAUAUCUCAAAGCCAACGAAUUUGGAUAAAAUUCAUCGAGUUUGAAACCCAAGCUUUAAAGGUAAAGGAUAGCAUGCAGCAGGACUUUGAUCCAAAGCAACUCGAACGGGUAAAACAGCUAUAUCGUGAUCGACUAGACACACUUCACACAUCUUCCGAAGAAACUUUUAACAAGUAUUCAACUUUCAACACAAAUUUCGAUAAUCAAAACUACGAACAAAGCAUGCUCAAAGCCAACAAAAUCUAUUCAAAAGUCAAGGAAGCUGCUGAAGUUCGAGACCAAUUUGAGCUGCAACUGAAACAAACAAACAAUGCCUUGGAUACGUUUUACGAGUACAUUAGUAAUGAAAGUAUCAAUAAGGACAAGUACUCGUUAAAUAACAUCCGUAAUCUAUAUGAGCGUGCAGUAGCUAUAUACUGUACAGAUGUAACCUUAUGGGAUAACUACGUCACUUUUCUGCUUGAACGUGUCCGUGUCCCGGUAUUCAUGGAAUCGAUAACACAUCGGGCUAUCCGAAACUGCCCAUGGUCAGGAAUCCUAUGGGGCCAUCAUGCUCGAAGCCUAGAGGCUAAUAAGAAAACCAAAGAAGAAAUCAUUGCAAUCUUCGAUACUGCACUCGGCAACCAAAUCUUGUUAUCAAGCCUCGAGGAUUUGGUGAAUUUGUUCCGUGCUAAAUGUGAUUAUUUGCGGCGUCGUAUUGACUGGACCGAUCCGUCUGAAGAUGAUACGGUGGAUUUACGCGUCGCAUUUGAAGAAGCCCUUGUAUAUCUGGAUGAGAAAUUCCCGAAAACACCAGAUCCAUACUUUCGUAUUGAACGCUACUAUGCAUUUGUUGAAAACGAGCUAUUGGAUAAUGAAGACAAGGCUCGAGAAAUAUGGGAAAAUCGUGUUAGCAAGCGACACGGCCGAUGCACAGAUGCAUGGCUAUCCUAUAUUGAAUUCGAACGCUCUUGUGGUAACUUAUUAAAAUGCCAGAGCCUGUACAAACAAGCAAUCGUAAAGAACUUAGACGAUCCACAGCGCUUGAUCAAUGCAUGGUUGAACAUGACACACGAAAUUGGAACUCUGGAUAUGUUGGAAGAUGCACUUGUCAAAGUGAAACAAAAGGAGGGCGCUCUUCUCCAUCAGUGGCAGGGCCAAGCUGUUGAAUUGGAAGCUGAGAAGCAAAGAGAAGAGGAGAAGAAAAUCAAACAAAAGAAAUUAAAAGCGCAGCGCCGGGCCCAAACUCGGACAAAUAAGAGGGACCAACGUGAUCUAGAAGAAGACGUAUUAAAAGAAGAAAAGGAGGAAGAAGCGCAGAAAGAUAGUGAUGGAUUCAAAAUCCCGGCCCCACCAAGGAAACGUCAAGCUUCUUCACAAAGCGAUGAACCCAUUGAUGCACCAACACUAAAAAAGACAAAGAUUGAUCACGUCGAUCCUGAAGAAAACCGACGAGACCAAACUGACCGAGGCCGAGGAAGAUCACUUGGGCGAGGAAGAGGAAGAGGUCGUGGUGGCAGCCGAGGCCGGGGGAGAGUAGGCCUUGGAUUUAACGCCAGAAAAUCGACAACAGCAGCAGAAGGAAGCAACAGCAGCAACGACGACAACAGUGAACAACAAAAACAACAGGAUAGCACAAAGCAAAAAGCAGGACCCAGUCUCCCAGCCGACGCAAAACCAAAGACUCAAGAUGAUUUUCGUGCCAUGUUACUGGGCAAAAAAUAAACCGAAUAUUAUGACCAAAGAGCACAUUUGAUGGAUCAAAAGAACUACGUUGGGAGUGAUUGUUUUAUUAUUGCAUUGUCGAAAUCCGUUAGAAGGGGUUGGCAGAGUCAUUAUCGCCACCUUCGCAGAGGGGAACGGAGCAGCCAGUACCGCAUUCGUUGAUUCCAGAACUGCUUGUACAAUAACUCUUGGUCUUGUGGGCAUUUCUACAUCUUUUGUAUCUGUUAACGGCCUCAAGAUAACAGUUACACUCGCAGCGGAAAGCAGCUGCCUGGGUUGGGGGAACCAUGGAAAGGAUCACGGCCAGAACGGAGACCACCAAGAGGACCAAGCUGGACUUCAUAUUUGAUUGUUGGUUUUAGGUUAUAAAAGAGUUGUUAAAUGUGUUAGAAACCCGGGUUAUGUGAUUUCUCCUUGAUACUUUUAUACAGGAUUUCUUCUUUCUUUUCGCGGUUGUACAAACAAAGCCUCAAAUUACAACUCUCA